AUGGUGCUCAAGACCACGACCUGCCGCUUCAGUGGCCUGAGGAUUUACCCCGGCAGGGGUAUCCUCUUCAUCCGCGUCGAUGGACAGCAAUUCCUGUUCCUGAGGCGGAAGUGCAAGUCCCUGUACAACCAGCGUAAGAGGCCCGCCAAGCUGGCGUGGACCACCCUCUACCGCAAGCAGCACCGCAAGGACCAAGAGCUGCUGGUGCAGCGCAAGAAGAGGAGGGCCGUGACCAAGAACGCGACCCGCUCCGUGGCGGGCACCUCCCUGGAGGUCAUCGCCAAGAAGAAGGCGGAGAAGCCCGAGCAGCGCAAGGCCUCCCGCGAGGCCGCCCUGCGCGAGAUCAAGGAGCGCGCCAAGAAGGACAAGGCGUCCAAGGCCGGACAGAAGGCUGCCAACAAGGCCGCCGGCAAGUCCGUCGCCAAGAACGUGCCCCGCGCCGCUGGCAAGGCUGGCGCCAAGUCCACUGGACGCUAG